AUCUGAGCAUCUAAGAUUUGUUCUAUAUAUGGCAUAACAAUGUUUUGUAUUUAAUUUACAAAGAGAUGAUCUCACUGAUGAUGUAAUUGCUUAGCUAAACAUAUAUUCAGGAGUGAAUUGAGUCCUAAAAUACUGGUUAAGAUAAAGACUUGCGUGUAGGACUAGUUUUACUCUUUGAGAGAAGUCAGUUUUGCUUGUUUAAAUAGUGAUCAUUAAUAAACUCUUCUGACUAAUCUUAAUUAGUAGGUUGGCAGCUAGGGCCUAGGGGCAUGACGUUGGGCGUUACAGAACACCGGAGACAAGUUCUGAAUGUUCACCAGCAUCUCAACAGAAAAGACAAGGAUAAGGAUCCUGGGCAAGCAUCUUCACAUAUGCAAGCACAUAAGUGAUAUUAUCCAUUUUGUUUUGAGGAGCUGACUGUUGAUACUUUAGGUCAGUGUAGAGAAGAUACACAUUGAAAUGGACUCGGUAGAGAAGAGGAUCAUCAAAUUGAUCUCAGAGAAAGGUGUAAAGAAUUUUGUCAUGGUAGCUACAUCAACUAGACAAUAUUCAAUGUAUUAUAUAGUACAUUGACAUAGCUCUAUUUGGAUUUUCAUCUUUCUUGUUAUCACACAUAACGUUCUUGUCUUGUCUGCUUCUAAUGUUGUUGUUUCUUUUUCCAGCAGAUGCUCUUUGGACUCUGACAAAAGUCACAAAACAGAUAAUAAACAAAUUAAAGAAGUAACAGACAACCAUGUCUAGUUAACCACAUUCUCGGACAUUGUUUCUCAUGAUUAUAAUAUAUUUGGUAUAUAUAAAAAAGACAUUAAUAUUCUAUAGUUUCCUCUCUCGCCAUUGAUCAAGUCUUUUUCCAUAUUAUAUAUAUAGAGAACGGUCGAAUAUUCGAAGGAACAGAAUCUUGAGGUGCUCAGCCAUUGGAUAUCUUCUUAUCCAAGUAAACGGGAAAUGAUGGUGCAGAGGAAACUCUGUGCUAAAAAUCUCUCCAGACCAAAAAACUUGGUCUCUUUCAGGCUAUGGAGGAAGAAGCAGCAGCAGCCACUAGUCAGAUACUCGAAGAGAAAAUCUAUGUCGCAGUUGGUAGAGAAGUAUGGAAGAACAUAUCAAAUCUCAUGUGGGCAUUAGAAAACUCCCAAGGAAAGAAAAUCUGCAUCCUUCAUAUCCACCAGCCUUCUCCAACGAUUCCUGUCUUGGGUACAAGAUUCGACGCUUCAACGGUGGAUGAGGAAUCAGUGAGAGCAUACCGAGGCAAAGAAACAGCAAAAACAGAGAUGAUUCUACAAGAGUAUCUUAGUAUUUGUCUGAAGAAAGGGGUCCAGGCAGAGAAGCUGUGUGUGGAGAUGGACUCAAUUGAGAAAGGGAUUGUGGAAACGAUAUACCAGCAGAGGAUCAGGAAGUUUGUAAUGGGAGCAGCUGCAGAUAAACACUAUUCCAUGAAAAUGGAGGAUCUCAAGUCCAAGAAAGCUAACUUUGUCUGUCAGCAAGCGCCUGUUAUGUGUCAAAUACACUUCACAUGCAAAGGAAACCUUAUCCAUACAAGGGAAGCUAGGGUGGAUGAAGUUCGAGCUCUAUCUGUGCUCUUGUCUGAUUUUCAUCGGCUUGUAUUGCCACAAAUAAGCGCUGGUUCACUUGAAGAGGCAGCAAGAUCUUCCAUAGAUAUCAAAAGCUCUGAUAUAUUGUCAUACCCUGGAAGAUCUGAGGUGGUACUAAGCGACAUUCAAGAGGAACCGAAUGACUCAUCGUCUCAAGUUUUCCCGUGCAGCGGGAUGGGACUGAACAUGCUGAACUUCCUACUCAACUCCACCAAGAUAUGGCAAAAGCUCACAAUCCAAAACCAUGAGCAUUGUGAGUGACACUUAGGAGAGAGAGAGAAAGACUGCAAAUGAACGUAUGUAUCAAACCAACAACAAAAAAAUAUUGACUACAAAAACAAUUUGUGUGAGAGGAAGCUGCUGGUUAUGGCUUCCUUCUCGUGUGGCUUAAAAAUAACUAGUUGUAUGUAUCAAUAACAAAACCUAAUGCAUCUUGAAUGCUUGUUUUAA